UCCCCAAAUCCCCUCAACCUUCAGAGCUAGCGCUACAUCCCAAUAUCCUUUGCGAUGGGCUGACAAGUGGAUCCAAGAUGGCGUAGAAAGUAAAGCUAGACAUUCUGUCCCUGAGUCAUGGCGGACAGGAGAGCGGAGAAGUCAUGUGAAGAAGCCAGCAGAUCGUUAGCCAGGCGGGAGUACGAGGCGGCGGUGAGCCACUGCACAGACGCGCUGCUGGUCCUUGGCCCCCCGGCCCCGCCGAGCCCCGGAUCCACCGCAUCCAAACCCCCCAACGACACGGUUACAUCCCUCCGCAGCCGAGCCCUGCUCUUCAGGAUUGCUGCCCUUCUACAGCUGAAAAACUAUGAUCAAGCAGAUGAAGACUGCAAACAUGUCUUGGUCAAGGAGCUGGCCAAGGGAGAUGGGUCGUUUCAGGCCAGCCUGCGCCUCAUGCUGCUGGACGGCAGCCUUCAGGAAGUGGCAGGCCUCCUCUCCAAGUCCCUGUUUGGGGAGCCUCUGAACGGGAUCAACACGAAGGACUUGACUAGAUUAAAAAUGGUUCUCUCAGAAAUUGAAGCUAUUAGAAGCGAGAUGUCGACGGAGUACACGGACGACAAUGAGGAAGCAGUGAGGGACGGCUGGCAGUUUCGCCCCCCUCCCAGAGGAGUUACCAGCAGUGAGGAGUACACGCUAUGUAAAAGGUUCCUGGAGCAGGGCCUGUGCCGCUACGGUGCCCAGUGCACGUCGGCCCACUCCCAGGAGGAGCUGAUGGAGUGGCAGAAGCGCUACGCCUCGCGACUCAUCCGCCUCAAGCAGCAGCAGGAGAGCAAACACUUCACGGAGAACUACAUGGAGGCGCUCAUCGAGAAGUGGAUGAACUCUCUGUCGCCUGAGAAAGUGCUGAGCGACUACUUGGAGGGUGUCAACGUGGAGCCCAGCUCCAGCCUGUCCGUGACCGUCACCACCAAGAAGUCAGCCCACUCCUGGACCUUCUCCCUGUACUGCCAGCCGGUGAGGAAGCUGUACCGCAUUGCCCUGCUCUAUGACGCUCACCGGCCCCACUUCUCCAUCACGGGCGUGUCGGCGGGCGACGCCGGGGCCCAGCGGCUGCAGGCGGCCCCCGACGGCUGCCAGGAGUGGACGGCGGGCGAGGAGGCGCUGGCUGCCGACAACGGCAUGGACCACUGCGUCUACACGGUGGCGGUGGGCUUCAGCACCGAGAUCUUCGGCACCUUCCGCCAGACCAUCGUCUUCGACUUUGGCUCGGAGCCCGUGCUCAUGCAGCGGAUCAUGGUGGACGCCGCCUCGAUUGAAGACCUGGAGCACCUGAUGCAAGCCAGGCAGCAGUUACUGAUGACGGCCAAGCGCUGGGACCCGUCCUGCAAGACCAUUGUGGAGUUCAGCCCCAACGAGACGGUCGAGCUGGACCGCAGCCUGCUGGCCCGCUACCAGAUCCCCCUGUCGGCCGACCAACUGUUCACCCAGUCAGUGCUGGACAAGACCCUGACCCGGGACAAUUAUCAGGCCCGCCUGCACGACCUGCUGUACAUCGAGGAGAUCGCCCAGUACAAGGAAGUCAGCAAAUUCAACAUCAAAGUCAACCUCCAGCUGGUCACAAGCUUCAUGCUGACUGGCAUCUCGGGUGGCGCCAAAUAUGCCCAGAACGGCCAGCUUUUUGCCCGCUUCAAGUUGACUGAGACGCUAUCGGAGGAUACGCUAGCGGGCCGCCUGGUCAUGACCAAGGUCAACUCUGUCCUGCUGCUGCCCCUGGCUCGUCAUGAGUGGUGCAGCCAGCCGCCCGGGGUCAAGGAGCGGGUGUAUGAGGCCUGCAUCGAGGAGAAGACCAAGGAUUACAUCUUCCUGCGGAUUUGCAAGGAUUGUUGCGAGGAGCUGGGGUUGAUACCUGAUAGGGAACUGCAGGUGGAGCUUCAGUUCCAGUUGAACCGCCUGCCCCUGUGUGAGAUGCACUACGCACUGGACCGCAUCAAAGACAACGGCAUCCUGUUCCCCGACGCCAGCCUUACUCCCACAAUCCCCUGGAGUCCCAACAGACAGUGGGAUGAGCAGCUGGACCCGCGGCUCAACGCCAAGCAGAAGGAGGCCAUCCUGGCCAUCACCACGCCCCUCACCAUCCCCCUGCCGCCCGUGCUCAUCAUCGGGCCCUACGGCACGGGCAAGACCUUCACCCUGGCACAGGCCGUCAAGCACAUCCUCCGGCAGGACGACAGCAGGGUCCUCAUUUGCACCCAUUCCAACAGUGCGGCUGACCUCUACAUUAAGGACUACCUUCACCCGUACGUAGAAGCAGGCAACGCACAUGCCAGACCUCUCAGGGUAUACUUCAGGAACCGCUGGGUGAAGACCGUCCACCCGGUGGUGCAGCAGUAUUGUUUGAUCUCCAACACCCAGUACACUUUCCAGAUGCCCGAGAGGGAGGACAUUCUCAGGCACCGCGUUGUUGUGGUCACUCUCAGCACCUCCCAGUACCUCUGCCAGCUGGACCUGGAGCCCGGUCUAUUUUCUCACAUCCUGUUGGACGAGGCGGCCCAGGCCAUGGAGUGUGAGACCAUCAUGCCUUUCGCACUGGCCAGCAAAAGCACCCGCAUCGUGCUGGCUGGGGACCACAUGCAGCUCAGUCCGUUCGUGUACAGCGAGUUUGCCCGGGAGCGGAACCUGCACGUGUCGCUGUUGGACCGGCUGUACGAACACUACCCCGCCGAGUUCCCCUGCCGCAUCCUGCUCUGCGAGAACUACCGCUCCCACGAGGCAAUCAUCAACUACACAUCAGAACUGUUCUAUGACGGGAAGCUGAUGGCCAGUGGGAAGCAGCCCUCGCACAAGGACUUCUACCCACUGACCUUCUUCACUGCGCGCGGGGAAGACGUCCAGGAGAAGAACAGCACGGCCUACUACAACAACGCAGAGGUGUUUGAGAUCGUGGAGCGGGUGGAGGAGAUGCGUAAGAAGUGGCCAGUGGCGUGGGGCAAGCUGGACGAAGGAAGCAUUGGCGUGGUGUCGCCCUAUGCCGACCAGGUUUUUCGAAUCCGCGCCGAGCUCCGCAAAAAGAGGAUGCAUGAAGUCAGCGUGGAAAGGGUGCUCAACGUCCAAGGUAAACAGUUCCGGGUGCUCUUCUUGAGCACCGUGAGGACACGGCACACCUGCAAGCACAAGCAGACGGCCAUCAAGCGGAAGGAGCAGCUAGUCGAGGAUUCGACGGAGGACCUGGACUACGGCUUCCUUUCCAACUACAAGCUGCUCAACACGGCCAUCACCCGCGCCCAGUCCCUGGUGGCCGUGGUGGGUGACCCCAUAGCCCUGUGCUCGGUGGGCCGCUGCAGAAAGUUCUGGGAGAAGUUCAUCUCCAUCUGCCACGAGAACUCCAGCCUCCACGGCAUCACCUUCGAGCAGAUCAAGGCCCAGCUGGAGGCCCUAGAGCUCAAGAAGACCUACGUGCUCAACCCACUGGCGCCCGAGUUCAUCCCCCGCGCCCUGCGGCCCCAGCCGGCCCAGCACACCCACCAGCACCAACACCCCCACCCCCAGGGACACGCGGCCAGCAAACAGCCCGGGCCCCAGCAGCAGCAGCAGCAGUCCCCCCCCAAGGGGAAAGCACAACAUGCAAACCACACAGAGCACUUCCCACCUGAAGGAUUUGUUCCACCAAGCCCGGCGGUAUUGAUGGGCAACCCCAUUCGGGCUUUCACACCGCCCCUGGGUGCCACCCCCGGUGGCAUCGGCAAGUCCCCCAGUCCAGUGCAGAGGAUAGACCCCCACACCGGUGCCAGCAUCCUCUAUGUGCCCGCUGUCUAUGGGGGCAACAUGGUCAUGUCCAUGCCUCUGCCGUCUGUUCCAAUCCAGUUGCCGUGGCCUGGCUACCAGAACCGCUUUGCCAUGGACCCGCGUAUCAUGAGCCACCAGGCGGCCAUGGCUUACAACCUCAACCUGCUGCAGGCCCAGAACCGGGGCUCGCCCAUCCCCUACGGCGGUGUCACGCACCCCUCCCCUCUCGGCGUGGGCCAGCAGACAAGCCCUGACAAAGAGCUCCAAGCUGAAUCCAUCCGAAACGGUAAAAUGGACGGGUGUCCAAAGUCAGAACAGAGCCGGCUCCAGACUCCAGAGAGGAAGUUGUCAGAAAAGGACAAAUCGGGAGAGCUGGACCCGGGCUGCGGGCGUUCUCUGGACUCUCAGACGGAUGUCCCGGGCUUCUCCAACGCCAUGCUCCACCGCAAGGACAACUCAGGCCAAAGACCCCUGAACUACCACCUAGCACCCCCCAACCAGGGCUUUGCCCCCCACCCCGGCGGGCGAGCCUUCCCCCCGCAGUACCCCGGAGUGUCCAGGCUCCCCUUUAGGGUGCCGUCGCAGCACCCUGGCGGGGGCCCGGCCAUGGGCCAGCCGAACCAACAGCACUCGGCUCAGCUCUCCCCGGCCUAUGCCAGCGGCGGCCACAACCCGUCCUUCUUCGGAGGGCCGGUGGCCUCCCACAGGGGCGUACCGGAUGCGGAGGAGGAGUGUCCAGAUGACAUGGGGGGCUCCAUGAGGUCCCAGAUUGGUCACCAGGGGGGGCACCACCCGGCCUUGUCGCAACCCAACCGGGUCAACAGCUUCGGGGAGGAGAACCAGGAAGGCCUGGGGGAUGGAAUGGACCCCCUUGCGUUGGAAGCCCUGAGUCAGCAGGCGCGUCUGGGCCAGUGGGGAGAACCUGGGCCCUUCAUCCAGGGCGGUGUGGCCUUCCCCCUGCCCCAUCAGCUAGCCCAACUAGCCCAGCCCGGCUUGGCCCGCCUUCCCCCCCAGAUGCUGGCCCGGACCAACUGGCGGAUGAGCGCUGGCCUGGAGGACGAAUCAGGCGGGCCGCAAUUCACCAGGUUCCCCGGCUUGCUGCGAGAGAUGCCGCCCCAAGAGCACCCCGAUCCCAGGGACAUGGCUGAGAUGCAGCCCCCUCCCCAGUCCCGUCUGCUUCAGUACCGCCAGGUCCAGUCGCGCUCCCCGGGCGACCCAUCGUCGCCCUCAGCCGGCAGCGCCAACCACGCGGGACCCUUCCCCCCCGGGCCCUACCCGGGCCGUGACCCCACCAGCCAAGAGCUGGAGCUACUCAACAACCCGGCUCUCCAGCAGCACCCUGGGAACCCGCUCUACAACCCCAACGCCUACCCCCACCAGUCUGGUCACUCCACCUCCCCGCCGCCGCAGGUCAAGUACCUGCUCCAGGAGGCCCAGUGGCCCCACGGUGCUGCCAGCGUGUCCCAGAACCACAUGCCGGGCCAGGGCUUCCCGUAUGGGCUGCACGUCAUGGCUCACCCCAGCCGGCAGGAGCAGGUGCACCUGAUGCAGCUCCACCACCACCAGCAACAGCAGCAACAACAACAGCAGCAACAGCAGCAGCAGGCUCAAGGCCCAGGACAGGAUCCCUACCACACCCUCUCCCCUAGAACAGCAGCUGCCACCGCCCUUCACAAUGUAGAAGAGUAUGAACCACGGGGUCCCGGGCGGCCCCUCUACCAGCGGCGCAUCUCCUCCAGCUACCCAGAGGAGGGAUCCCCCGCCAACGCCGCUUCUAUGGCCCAGCCACAGCCCUGCCAGGUGGACCCCCAAGAGCACCAACACCCCCACGCCCACCAACACCCCCACGCCCCCUAUGGCUACCCGUUCCAGAACAUUCCAUGCAACGGAGCCAGCACACUCGUUCAACACCGGGACCUCCUAGCUUCCUCCAAGGCCCUGCGGCACGCAGCUGAGGAGCAGAUGAAGGCAGAAGCCGCGUCGGCGGUGUCCCAGCCCCCCGCCCACACCCUCCAGCAACCUGGACAGUUUCCCCCGCUCAUGCCCAACGCCAAGCAGCAGCAACAUCAGGCCCCUCCGGAACCCGGCCAGGGGCCCGGGGGCCCCCCAAAUCUUGGAAAAACCCCCACCAUGUCCUACGCCAGCGCCCUUCGUGCCCCGCCCAAGCCCCGAGCACGGCCCGAACAGGUCAAAAAGAACAGCGACCCGCUGUCCAUUCUCCAGGAGCUCAGCAUAGGAAGUUCAAACGGUAGCAACGGAUACUAUUCCUAUUUUAAAUGAGUUAUCCAUGAAAAAUACCCCCCCCCCCC